AGUAUUAUUAUGCGGAUGGUAAUAUAAAAAAAACAACAAUGAGUACAUCAAGUCAUAUUAGUGAUGAGAACUUAGAAGUACAGGGUGAGAAAGAUGAAGAUUUUAAGAUUGAUGAUUAUCAAAAAGAAAUUGAUAGUGAUGAUUCCUAUAGUGACAUUCCAGAAGCUAGUAACGAUGACAAUACAGAAGAUAAUCAGAAUAAUGUAGAUAAUUUCCAAGAAAAUGAAUAUGUGGGACCAGUUCUUCCUGGAGGCCAUAGGUUUGACAGAAAGUUUAUCUGUGUUAAAUAUCCUGGAAAUGUUAUUAAUCCAGAUAAAGCUAUAGAAACACUAGGUGGCAUUCAAAGCAUUUCUACGGCAGUAAAUACACCAAAUCGACGGUUGGAGUUGAGAUUUAGACCAGAUGAUAUUUUUUGUAAACCAGCUUGUGGCGAUAGACAUAAUACUAAUGGUUUUCUGCUUAGAAUUAGAAUUAAAAAAUCUAGAGUAAAGAAAGCAGAAGAAGCUGAAGCAAAAGAACAAAGGAAAUCAUCAAGUACUGUGAAUGUAAAUGAUUCUUCGAUUGGUAACAAUGAAAAUACUAAAAAUAGUGCGGAUAAAGUGAAUUUAUCACAGACUAGAGACAAGAAAGGUCAACAGGAACAACUUAUGACUGAAUUAAUCGAUCAAGUACAAAGUUGCAGCUUUAGUACUCUCGGUGAUCCUGUUCCUGGUUCUUCUCAUAGAGUGUCUUCUGAAAAUAACGAGUAUUCACUAGAUACAAAUGAAGUAAAUUUAUCAAAGAACAAAAAGGAUAUACCACCAACGUUUGAUCGAAAUAAAUAUGAAGAUCUUUCUGAAGAUACCGAUUAUACAUUGCCAAAAUUACAAAUCUUAGGUCGAGUUGACACCGAAUUUAGAUUUACAAGCCUUUGUGACUUUCAGUAUUUACCUAUGACACAAAGUAAGGAAAAUCCGAAAAAGUUAGAAUGUAUAUACCACAAGAUUUAUCCCAGUAAUAUACCACAUUAUUCUUGGUUAAAGAAUGACGUACCUUACUUCUUGCCACCAGCUGCGUUUAGCAGAAUGGAUACAGUACAGCAAUAUGUACCAAAGACAGAAGUUAAUUCAUAUCCGGAAAAUAUAAUAGGAAAGUGUCGAAAGAGAAAGGCAGGAUUUUCGAACUUCAUUUAUUUUUCAACAUCAGAAGUUCCUUCUAAACCGCCAACAGGCAUAGAAACUGCUAUGAAAGUUAAAUUCAUUCAAAGUAUACAUUUUGAACAAAUCCGUCAAAUUUUUGAGGAACGACCAAUUUGGUCGAAGAACGCAAUAAUAUACAAAACUAAAUUUUCUAAUGAACGAUUGAGAAUUUUACUACCAGCAGUCGCAUAUUAUUUUGUAACUGGUCCAUGGAAAAUUAUGUGGGUGAAACUGGGGUAUGAUCCAAGGAAAGAUAUUUCUGCAAGAAAAUAUCAAACUUUAGAUUACAGAUUAAAAGCUAUGCAUGGUUUGGGAUCUACUGUAAAACGUAAAAGAAAUUACUUAGAGUAUACAUUACCAUACAAAUCAACACCAGCUGCAAAACAGAAAACAAUUGUACAAAGUGUGAUUUCUAGUCAAGAGCAAAGUCCUAAAAAGGAACAAGAUUUAAGCGAAAACGUGUAUAUCUAUCGAGAAGGGACGGUACCUCCUUCGAGGCAAAUGUUUUAUCAGUAUUGUGAUGUCCUCGUAAAUGAAAUACAAGAGAUGUUAGCAAAAUUACCAGAUCCUUUACCUGGAAUUAGGUGCCACGAAAAAAGAGGCUGGUUACCAGUAGGUUUUGAUGCACAGUGUAGAGAAAUUAUUAACAGACAAGUUCGAGCUGUUUUAAGAAAACAAAUGAAUAUACCUGAAGAUCAUCCUACAUCUUUACCUCGAAAACGGAAAUUUGGAAUUAAAUUAAAGCUUAAUAAACUUAGAGCUAAACAGAGAAAGAAAAAAAAUGAUUCUGUUUCUAGCGCAGAAGAAAGUGAAGGAAAAUAUGAUCAAUUUGAAACCAAUGAUAUUGCAAUAGAAAAUGAAUAAAUUAUGUUCUAUAGUUAUAUAUAAUGUAUAAGAUUUGGUAAAUAAAUAGCAUUUUAUAAAUACCUACAAAUAAA